AGAUCCGACUUUCUUUGCUCAGGUAGUUCCAGGAUGGGAACACGGUGAAUUUAAGAGACCCGAGACGUUGCGUGCGAACGUGCUCUUUAAAACUUAACAACUAAAAGUAUUUGUGUUCGUGCAGCUGUUGCUCGCGUUGCAUCAGGUUAAAGCGGAACCGCCAGGCUCCUCGUCGUCAUCUCUUGUUAAGCAUGCACACGGACACAUAAACGUCAAGACGCCGUGGAGUUUGUGUGAAAGCUGUCCUAAUGUUUCAGAUCGCCCCGGCAUCGCUCUCUAACAGCCAGCAGGCGAAGAUCGAUGCUCUCGACGUGGCCUCUAAUAAGCUGCGCUAUUCUCCUCGUUAAUGUCACGUUUAAAACACCUUCCGGCUUUUAGUUUGUGUCCUCGCUACGCAAAUGAUCAGAAAAGCUCCUCUGCAGAUGCGCUGUAAGGACUGCGGAUCUUCCUUACGCGUCUGAUUUCGCAAAAAGCAGUAUCUGCGCGAUAUUCCAGGCGGCGGGCGAGUCGGUGAGACGAGGGUUUGUAGAGACUGCUUCAAGGUGAUUUUGGGAAAGAUUCGAGCCAUCGGGAUUUUUCGUGGGGUUUCGUCCUUUGGAGAAUGAUGAGGGGUGGAAGAGGAGCAGCUUGGCUUUGGAUUUGGGCCUGUUUAAUGGUGACCAGUGUUCUGGCUGGGAAAAGCUCCAGUCAGACGGCAGAUGAGCAGAAAGACAACACCACGGUCUUCACCAGGAUUCUGGACAGCCUCCUCGACGGCUACGACAACCGUCUCAGGCCCGGGCUCGGAGAGCGUGUAACCGAAGUCAAGACUGACAUUUUCGUGACGAGUAUUGGGCCGGUCUCGGACCACGACAUGGAGUACACCAUCGAUGUGUUCUUCAGGCAGAGCUGGAAGGACGAGAGGCUGAAGUUCAAGGGUCCCAUGGCAGUGCUCCGUCUCAACAAUCUCAUGGCCAGCAAAAUCUGGACCCCCGACACGUUUUUCCACAACGGAAAGAAGUCAGUCGCCCAUAACAUGACCAUGCCGAAUAAACUGCUGCGGAUCACAGAGGAAGGAACUCUGCUUUACACCAUGAGGCUUACAGUGAGAGCUGAAUGUCCGAUGCAUUUGGAGGACUUCCCAAUGGACGCCCAUGCCUGCCCUCUCAAAUUCGGCAGCUAUGCCUACACGAGGGCUGAGGUGGUGUAUGUGUGGACGCGAGGAGCGGCGCAGUCCGUGGUGGUGGCGGACGACGGCUCUCGGCUCAAUCAGUAUGACCUGAUGGGACAGACGGUGGACUCGGGUGUGGUGCAGUCCAGCACUGGAGAGUAUGUUGUCAUGACAACACAUUUCCACCUCAAAAGGAAGAUCGGUUACUUUGUCAUCCAGACAUACUUGCCGUGCAUCAUGACCGUGAUCCUGUCCCAAGUGUCUUUCUGGCUCAACAGGGAAUCUGUCCCCGCCAGGACUGUGUUUGGAGUGACCACUGUCCUGACCAUGACCACCCUGAGUAUCAGCGCCAGAAACUCUCUGCCCAAGGUGGCCUACGCCACGGCCAUGGACUGGUUCAUCGCUGUCUGCUACGCCUUUGUCUUCUCGGCUCUCAUUGAGUUCGCCACAGUAAACUAUUUCACCAAGAGAGGUUACGCCUGGGAUGGGAAAAGUGUGGUGCCAGAAAAGCAAAAGAAGAAGAAGGAGUCAUUGCUGAAGAAGAACAACACGUACACGGCCGCGACGGCGACGGCGUUCGCUCCGAACAUUGCCAGAGACCCUGGUUUGGCGACUAUUGCUAAAAGUGCCCCCCCUCCGCCAACCGAGCCCAAGGAAGAGCCCAAACCCAAACCCCCCGAGGCCAAGAAGACCUUCAACAGCGUGAGCAAGAUCGACAGGAUCGCCAGAAUAGCCUUCCCGCUGCUCUUCGGAACCUUUAACUUGGUGUACUGGGCCACCUACUUGAAUAAAAAACCCAAAAUACAGGGCGCCCUCCAGCCACACUAAGUCUAUCUCCUCCGUUUUUCUGUUUCGAUUAUUUUUCUUUUUUGGUCGUUGUUCCGUUUUCUUUCCUUUCUUAUGUUUCUAAAAGGUAACAAAAAACAAAACAAAACAGUGCAACGAAACGAUGGUAGUCACGCUCCCACUUUCGAGUUUGUGUCGACAUAUGUAACAUAUACUGUAUCUUCCUAUAUGAUAAAGAGAGGGACUGUAUUAUGUACAAACCGCUGCACUGGAAGGAAACUCAUACUAUAUAUACAAACAGACACAGUAUAUCAGACCUGAGAAAAUGCACAUAGAGUUUAUAGUUUAAAACCCCCUUCCUUAGAGAAUAGUCAACCCAGAAAAAAACUCUCCCUCGUGUUGUUCCAAUCCUGUAUGCUCUUGUUGAACGCAGAAGGAGACACUUUAUAAUGCCAUUCUAGAAACCAUGUCUGUCAGCAGCAGUUCAUGCUAAGCACACACUUUAUUCCAAGUCUUCUGAUGUGUACCACAUAGAAAUAUAGAUGUCGUGUGCAUUUUUUGGACAUAUUAUGUGCUGAUUGUGAUUCUGAUGAAUCUCCUGACAGGUUUAAAACAACAUGAGGGCGAAAUUGAAAAAAAUACGGGGUGAACUGUUCUUUUACGAUUCUUUUGACAUAAAACAUGUUUUUGCAUUACAUUAGCGAUGUACAUGGAAUAAGUUUGCAUGGGUGAAGCUUUCUGUACCCAGCUUGAUUUAACCGGUCACGUGUUCCUGUUUUUGUUCUCCCUUUUAGCCUGUGUUCUGGAUCUUCUGUUUCUUGAUCUUAUAUUCUACUAGGAUUCCAUUAACAGCAAUAAAACAUGUCUCAGCAGGAAAAAACAAAACAAAAAACAAUCAUUUACUCAUGGAUAUAAAAAGCGUAGAGAAAAGAUUAACGUGUAUAUCACAAAGCAUACUAUUUAUUUUGUUUUCAUGUAAAUAGUAUAAAAUCUUAGAGAUGUCAAUAUUCAUUUUGAGCUUUGCUAAAUGUAACUACAAGGUACAAACUCAGCGCUCGACAGAGAGAGAGAGAGAGAGAGAGAGAGUGCAUUGUUUGGAGGAAAUCCGGGAACUUCAUUUUAUUUAUGUUUGGAUUUACCUUUCGAUGAAUCUGUGCGUGCCGACCGAAGUCAAGACGCAUUAAGAGUGUUUAAGGAGGGCCUCAAGGAGACGCUUAGGAAGAAUGUAAACGUGGUGCCGGAACGCAGUUUUGUAUUUAUCACUAAAAUGCUUUUCUAUUUAUUUUGGUAGAUGCAAAGAGAAAUUGCGGGGAUAUAAAAACGAUGGCACUGGGGUUAUCGCUUCUGUGCUGAGCGAAUCAAGAGUAGUGCCUUGUAUAUAUUUGCAAGUUAAGAGGGUACUUUCUUAGGAGGUGCUCUCCUCGUUUCUUUGAACUCUUAGAUAUGGGCGACCUUUCAAAAACAUCACUGAAGAAAGUAUCAGCCACACUGCCUUUUGUCUCACAUGCCAUAGUGAACAUAUACUCCAUUACAGACAUGUUUGUCACUGCUCGUUAAUGAAAACUAAAAGAAGACAUGUCUAGCGGUUAGCCAUGUAUGUGAAUACACCGUUCUACAUAUAUAAAUAUGUCUUGUAGUGCUAUAACAAUGCCAAAUUUUUUAUGUUCGUGGCAUGUCAGUUGCUCCUCAAGCACCUAUUGAAAAGAAACCAAACUUAUAAAGAGUAUCCUCUCUAUUUUUGGACUGAGAGUUAAAAGAAAAAAAAAAAAAAAGCAAGUUCUCUUAAAUGAGGAACUUCGACAUGAUCAUACUUUACUUUGAUGUAGCAAUAUAGGUUAGUAAGGGCUUUUUUGUGACGGAAGUGAUAAAAGGCACACCAUUCUGAUCAAUUUGAGUUGCUCUUCUUGGUAUGUUUCUGAAUGCCUGAAAUAAGAAGCUCUUAAAAGCUGGCAGUACUCUUCUGUCUGGUCCCAUUCGUUCCUUUCUGUUUAAAAUGCACUUUUUGUUUCUGUUUUUUUCCAAACAACGAACGCAUACACAAACUUUUGAAACGAUUUGAUGUUUUUGGGGUGUGCCACUGGAUCAGGAACUUUCUGUCGCAUUCUGUGGACUAUGCGAUGCCGAUAAAUGUCACGUUACCCCUCUUUAUUUCACUCUUUGAUCUUCACAAAGACCUUUUUGACGGUAUCUAGGGUUUGCUGAGUUUGUGCCAGAUUGAGCAAAGACUGGAAGUUUACUCUGGGAUAUGUGUGAUACUGUAUGCAAACGAACAGUCGUGAAUUUCUUUGGAGCCAGACUUUUGUAAAUGCGGUAGUUCAUUGAUGCUGUGUAUAUAUCUAUACACACACACACACACACACACACACACACACACACACACACACACACGUUUUCCAUGAGGAUACUCGUUCUAAAGAUGCAACAUUUUAUUUGUACCAACCUCUUGUUAUGCAUUUUGCACAUGAUAGGCAUAUUUAAUAUUUCCGUAGUCAGCUUUGUGCUAUGCAAGGAUAGCUCUGAACCAUAUUAAUUAGCUUCUCUCUCACCCCUCCUCACUGUCGUUUCCAAUAUAUAUUGUAAAAAGUCAUUUAUGAAAUGUUCGCCCUAUUUAGCUGUGGGACUGUUUGUCAUUCUGAAAGCAUGUAAAGACGGGUGGUUCAGAUCUGGAAGAAUUCAUUUUAAAGACAGGGUAAUGUGGCAAUAAAAAAAUAUAUAUAACGAGAUAGAUUGAAAAGAAUCUUUCAGUUCGUGUAUUAUUUACACAACAAAUAAUAGAUAUAUUUAGAUCGUUUUGUUGCAUCUGAUAAUAUAUUUUUGAUGACCUGUGCUAUGGAUUUUACUUUAUUCGUUUUAUGGGAGAUUAUAGCAUUUCACAUGCAUACCAGAUUGUGAAAGUGGUUUCAUUUUUGAUUUUGCAAUGUACUGAAGUAAUCCAACACAUACUGUAAUUAAAAAAAAACUACAUUUGUGCUUGGCAAAAGUUGAAGUAACUGCUAACCGGAGGGAUGAACAUGUGCAGAAGCGGUCGUAGACGCGGACAGCAACGUGCACGAGUCCAGAGGCGAAGUAUGAUUUAUUCUGUACUGUACACUGGGAAAUCGUCUUUGUAAAGGUUUGCUUUCUUAAAUGUUAUGGCCCUGUAGAAUUUGAUUAUCUUCAUUAGUCAUACAAUAAAAGAAAAAAAGAAAUACA